AUGAAUGGGUUACGUGAUCGCUAUAUGAAGCAAGCUCCAAAUGAAGUUCCUGCAGAGAUUGCAAACAACCCAAAUUAUUUUCCUUACUUCAAGGAUUGCAUUGGUAUGAUAGAUGGCACACACGUUGACGCUGUAUUACCCAGUAACCUAGCUGCCCAUUUUAGAGGGAGAAAAGGUAAAUAUUACCUAUGCGACGCUGGAUACACCACAAUGCCAGGCUUCAUAUCCUCAUAUCGUGGUGUACGAUAUCAUUUAAAAGAGCACACCGGUAGGACACCAAAGAAUAGAAAAGAGUUGUUCAAUUUAAGGCAUUCCAGUUUAAGAUUAAAAAUUGAAUGCACAUUUGGUAUAUUGAAGAAUCGGUUUAAAAUAAUAUCAGCGAAGCCAAAUUAUCCAUUUCCCACUCAAGUGGACAUUGUACUAGCGUGUACCGUGUUACACAAUUUUAUUGCUAUAGAAGAUCCAGAUGAUGAUAUUUUAAAUAAAAAUGUAGAAAUUGAUGAAGAUAAUAGAGAAGUGACAAAUGAAGAUGACUCAAGUGUGGUGGAUUAUACUCAAACUAGGACACAGAGAAAGGAUCAAGAUGAAAGAAAUGAAUGGAAGGAGCUACGAGAUCAAAUUGCUUGGGUGAUGUGGGUGGAUUAUUGUGCAAAGUAUAAUGGUGGUAACACAAUGGAAAGUGGAUUAGCUUAA